AGAACACCUCUUAGCUAAAACAGAAACAUGGUUAAGCUUGCGAUUUUUUGCAUCUUUUUGAGUGCUCUCAUUGCAUUCGCGAUGGCGAUCCCGGCCGCCGUCCCCGAAGCUGACCCAGGUCGUUACAACGGAGGCGGUGGUCAUCAUCAUGGUGGUAAUCACCAUGGAGGUGGUAAUCACCAUGGUGGUAGUCACCAUGGAGGUGGUUAUCCCCAUGGAGGCGGCAGCCAUCACAGAGGUGGUCAACAUGGACACUAUUAACAGGAUUUGUUUUUAUCGAUGAUUCUAUUUUUUAUAACCGGGAAGAGAUAUAUAUAUAUAUAUUUGUAAUUAAAUAAA